AUGGCGACUGUCACCAACGCCCCUGCGGACCUGCCGCUCGAACAGUUGUCGCUCUACCACGCCUCCGACCCCUACAUUGCCUCCGUCUUCGUCUUCUACGGUCCAGUAGCUACCGCCAAUGCCACCGUCAGCAGUUCGCGCAUCCAGGCGCAUAUCGUCACCCCCGCCGGCUUGCAGAGCUAUCCCCGCAUCACCAUCUCCCCCGCCGCCCCGCUAUACGCCGCCGUGAACCACUUGCCCCGCGAGAAGCAAGGCGACGAGGUCAGUCGCGGUCUGGCUGUCAGUAUGCUGAAGUACUUCGCAGAAUUGUCCGACCCCGCCAAGGAAUGCCUCCAGGCCAUGGCCCGCGCGGGGAAACCCGGCGCCAAAGUUCCCAAGCUCUUCGACGAGAUGCAUGCGGCGGAUCUGGCGAACCGGAUGACAAAGGUCGAACACACCUCUGAGCUCGUGCGGGACAUCCGAGGGGCCUUUCCGGAGCGCCAAGUGCCUUGGGUCGAUGUCGAUGUCGUCCUGCCUGCCGGCACGAUUCAAGCAUCCGAGCCCAAUAAUGAUGAUAAUGUUUAUGAUGGUAACGCAGACUUCUAUGACGGUCCCGACCUUCGAUAUGGCCCCUAUACUGCCCUCAUUCAGACCCUGGGCGCCCCCAUGUUCCUUCCCACCUCGCGCCUCAAGCGCGCCCCUUCCCAACCGACCAACGUCAGCAAGUCGAAGAUAUUCUCCGCCAGUCAAAAACAGGCCUUGCGAUUGACCAUGUGCGAGCUGGUCGAUACGGAGGAGCGAUAUGUGAACAAGCUCUACACCCUCGUCUGCCAGGUCGCGGAGGAAUACCGGAUGAAAGCCCAAUCGCGCCAUGCAUCGAGUACGAGUCCGGACGAAGCUGCCUUGGCGACUCUCUUCCCUCCCUGCUUGAACGAAAUUCUCCAGGUGAACAUGGGGUUCCUGAGCGUGAUCCGCCAGGUCUUGGAAGAAACGGAAAAGGACGCCAUUGCAGAUCUCACGGAAGAUACCGAGCUUUCCUCCUCCCUGUCGCAACGGACAUCGUCUCGGGAGGAGAAAGACACCAUCGGUGCGGUGGCAUUCGCGGACGCACUCCUGGACUGGUUCCCGCAAUUCUCCGAGCCGUAUGCGGACUACAUGCGGGCCCAUACCGGCUUCACCCAGACGCUGAACUCGUUCAUGCGAGAUAAGAACUCGAGUUUCUCCAAGCGCGUGUACGAGACCGGAGAGCAGAAGCUCCGCUCACUCCUCAUGGAGCCGGUGCAGCGGCUGCCGCGAUAUAGUCUCCUCAUCGACACCAUGACGAGUAGUCUGCCGCUGGUCCACCCGGCCGUGCGCCCCCUGUUGAAGGCGCGAGAUGUCAUCAAGGAUAUUUGCUCCCUCGACGAUGCCUCGACGGCGAAUCACGAUCAGAGUUUCCGACGGUUGAAGGAGCUGGUAGACGGCUGGCCUUCCACCAUCCUGCCCACCGGCCGUCUCAUCACAGCGGUGGAUUUCAACGAGCUGUCCCCGCCGUAUCAUCUUGACCUCACGGAAGAGCCUAGCCCGGGAAUCAUGUUGAUCUAUAAGAAUUGUCUAGUCCUGUUGUCUAAAGCAGUGGGAAGUCGAUCGACCGCGCGCGGUCUCAUGGCAGAUCUCGACAACGCCGCCUCAGCCACGCCGGCCGCCACCAAUGCGCCAAUGGUACCAGAGCUGCGGGUGGUCCAGGUGUAUGACUUGCAUAAUGUUCGAUGCAUGCAGUCUUCCUGUGGACGCAUCCUGUUCCUGGCGCCCAUGUCGGUGAAGUCGCGGCCCAAUCAGAACACCACCGUCGACCUCCUCGCCUUGGAGCCAGUCUCCAUGUAUGAAGGUCGCGCCAGUCGCAUCAUUGAGGAGAUUGUUAAAGCGAAGAUCGAAGGUCGAUUCUCCGAGAGCGAGCGGGAGAAUGGAAAAUGGACCCUGCGCAGUCCAACGGGGACGGUGGCCAACCUGGGUGUCCUGGCGUGCGUGUUCGAAGAGGAGGAGGACAUGGCCACCAAAAGACCCAGCUCAUCCAGAAUUCGAGUGGGUUUCAACACUCCCCGCGCAGUCUGUGGCGAAGCCUUGUCAAAUUCCGACCUCGAGGUCAUUGUAUCGGUCUCCGCGGCAGGCGAGGACCAGUUUCGCGUGGACAUCGACUCCGUGGUGGGCAACGCCUCUUCUGAUCUUGUCACUGCGGAGAGUUUCGUUGCCGUGCUCUCCAAGCGCCUGUCGAAUGUGUUACUCCCGCUGCAUGGCCCCCAGAACCGGACCAUGACGGAAUCGAUUGUGCAUUCCAACUUUGAGAUCCUGCGGUAUCUCGCCAGCCACCUAAUGGUCAAUUUCAAGGUCCCGCAAAAGUUCCGACCGUCCCCCUCGAAGCUAUUGUCUUCUUUGCUGGGCGGCCACCAGUCCAAGGAGCAGAAUGCGGGCAGUGUGAAAAUGCCCAGCUCAGCCGCACUGCUGGGCGAAUUCCCUCGCAUGCCACCGCCUCGAGGCAACAUACCCCGUUCAAACACACUGCCGUCUGCUUUCCCAGGAAAGGAAGAGAGUCCGGUCAAGAUCUCUGUGGUUGGCGCACCCCCUUCCAAGGGGCAGGAAAGUCCAUUCAGCGCUCUCGAACAGACCUUUGCUGCGUUUGCUCUUGCUCUGCAAUCGCGCAGUGGCAACAUCGUAGGACGAUCACUCCGUGGUCGAGACAACGUCGACCGCUCGUCGGUCAACGAGCUGUAUAAUAUCCUGCUGGAGGACCCAGGCAAAAUCCAGGCGGCGGCCGAAGUACCUGUCGACACCUUGUUCGUGGCUUUUGAGACCUUCAUGGCGAAUGCCUGGCGCGAACAUAUGGGGCCCGUGAUGGAUUCGGCUUCGUUGAGCUCGUUGCAAAGUCAAUUCGACAGCAUGUUUCCCCGGGAUUUUGAGGAGAGUUUCCGAAGGUUCCUGGCCGACAUGAGUCCGCAGAAUCGCCGAGCGCUCGCUUCGAUGAUUCGGUUACUGGCCGAGCUCCUGGACGCCUCGGGAAAUGAUGGAGAUCGUGGAGCGCUGACGGCCGCCUUCGCGGAGGUCUUGACGGUCGAGGGAGAUCCGAUGCAGUACAUUUCUUUGUUGGAUCGUCUGGUGGAUGACUUUGAUAACCUGUUUGAUGAGUAUAUCCCUGGAGGCGCAGACUUGGAAGGGACGCUCAAUUGCGACCCAACCAAGUCGGUGUCCCAGACUGCGGGCUCGAUGAAUUCCAAUGCCUCGUCGUUCCGGAAGCGUUUCGGAUUCAGUUUGCACCGGGAUAACUCCAAGUCGGAGACCGAGAGUAAGGUAUCGUCCAUCCUGCGCACGCUGAGCAAAAGCAAGGGCUCUGGCGAUUCCGAGCCGGGGACGCCUCGAGGGUCCCUGCUACUCCGAUCCAGGUCCAUUGACGUUGACACGGGGUUGGUGUCUUUGCUGCGACCAGGCUCGCGCGACCGCCCGGGAGCGUCCACCUCCCAAGAGCAUCUCCGGCGGCCCGGAAGCUCGCAGGAUGAGGCUUCGUCGUUGUCCUCGAUUCGGGGGAUAUCCACUAACGGUGUUGUGAGGAUUCGACGAAGACGAAGAAGUUCUUUGUCGGAUAUGCGACCAGGGACCGCAUCAUCCGACGUGUCGAUCAUAUCCAACGGCCCAGGACAGAGACCGAUGACGCCGUCGUCAUCGCUUCCCACCCAACCUCGAGCGGAGACGAUGACGCCAGCGGGGCAGACCCGGCCGCAGAUCAGUCAACAAGGCUCGGGAUCGGUCCGCAGCAGCACUUCGCCCGCGAAAAGUGCUUCGCCCACGCGGCUGGCCUCGCCCUCGCGCCGAUCCCCGACCCGGCCUGUCACACCGAGUCGCAAGGAGAACAUCGACCCCAAACUACCCCAAACUGACCGAGCCCCGAGGAAGAAGACCGAUGCUUCCGUCUCUCCUCCCCCGGAUAUCAAGCGACGGUCGCGGGCCACCAGCAUUCCUUCUUCGAGGGCGCCUGGUUUGAAGGAGCGACCGAUGCCGAUCAAUGGCGCCGAUGCGCGACGCUUGCAGCCCACUCUCGGCUCCCAAAGGACGCCGAAACUGCGUCUGCAAAGCCCCCAAAAGCUCCGGGACCGUCUCAAUAGCGAGAAGAAGGCACAGAACAUGGCCUCACUGGGGCUGAAGGAUGAGCUGGCAUUGAUUGGCGAGGAGCUGCAAGCGUUGAGGCUCAACCCCACCCCGUUCAAGGGCGAUCGCAAGCUGACCGCACUGGACGAGCCGUUUGCCCCGUCCAGUGCGAACGCGGCUCUGGCGUCGAGGGUGCGAAGUCUCGAGGCGCGAUUCGAGACCUUCUCGGAGGAGAUGGAUGGCCGCACUGCGGCGAUUGAGAAGGACCUUGAGUCGUCGUUGGUCGUGAGCGAGCGACGGGCCAAGAAGCUGGACGAGCUCUAUCGCGAGGCGAGCGCGGAGAACGAGGCUCUUUACGAUCGAUUCAAUGCGGAACUAGGCAAGAUGGCCAACGAUUUCCGCACGGGGAAUGUAGAGGAAGCGUUAAAGACCCAGCUGUCGUCGGCCUUGGAAGAGAUUGGCCGGUUGAAGAAGGAAAAUUUCCGGCUGAAACGCGAGGUUGGUGGAUUGCGCGCUCAGCAAGCGGCGGUUGCUUUGCUGAAGGCGAGUGAGUAG